AUGGUAGAUGCGGCCUUGGGUGGUCUUAUCCUCUCUUUAAGUUGGGAGAGCUUAGUUUCAUUGGCUGAAAAGGAAGAACGGAGAAUUCGUAGGGUAUUAGCAAACAGAGAAUCAGCCAGGCAGACCAUUCGACGUAGGCAAGCUCUUUGUGAGGAGUUAACCAGAAAAGCUGCUGACCUACAAUGGGAGAAUGAAAAUUUGAAGCAGGAAAAGGAGCUGGCUUUGAAAAAGUAUCAGUCCGUGGAUACCACAAAUAAACUCUUAAAGGAGCAAAUGGUAAUGGCAAUAAAAGUUGAGGUUGAGGAAACUCCACCUGAGCAUAAGUCAGCUGAUGUUGCAACCUCUACCUCUUCAUCUACAAAUUGCCCAUUGUUCUUGUUUAACCGUCCACCACUUAUGCCUGUUUUCUGGCCUUCCAUCAUUCCAUCUCAAAAUCCUGUUCCAUCAUUACAUGGGAGACAAAGUGCCACUGUCAUUCCAUCAAACAUUGACAUGCCAGGUAUUUGCAGGCCUGAUAUUUCUCAAGAACAAGAUAACCACAUAGAUGCCAAUAACCAAUAUAAUGCUAGUUCAUCUUCAAAUACUGUAGUUCAAUUAGAGAACCACCAUUACUCUUUGCCCGUUAAUUAA